GCGUCAGGUAUCCCUGCAACCUCCAGAGGGUUGGCGUCAGAAGCUGUGCAUUGUGGGGGCUCACUUGUCGUGUCUCUUCCAUCGAACACGACAGUUUUUCCCCGGCCGGAAUCCGCGUAAUCACCAAGCUGAGAGAGCAUUCGUCGCACGACCCAUUGCGAAUCAUAGCUGAAGCUUUCCCCGUCGAUAGCUUCAGCUGACUGAAUCUUGUUUGUAUCGGCCACGAUUUUCACUGCAAAAUCACGACAGCCUGGUCUGCCACUUUGCGAACAGAAUCUUCACUGCACACUGUACACCCGAUCCACAGAGCCAGCCCAUCAUGAGAAUACGACUUCCUUUUGCGGGAGUCUUCUUCUUCCUGCUCCUCGUCGCAGGCUACGCCGGUCUGACGUCACUGCAACUGGGCGAGCUUAUCAACGACAAGCUUCUCCACCUCAUCACAUUCUUCGUCCUCACCGUGGUCUUCUACUGGAUUGUCGACACAAACCGUCGGCGCACUCUAAACCUGACCCUAACGGUGUGCACAUUCUCCCUCGGCGUCGGCUCCGAGUUUUUGCAAGCGCUGCUUCCCAACGGCCGAGACUUUGACGUUUACGACAUCGCUGCGAACCUCGUCGGUAGCCUGACGGGACUGGCGCUUUGUUCAUGGUACCAUAAGCGCAUGCUCGAGCGCAAGCGCUUGCGCAAGGGAUAUCAGCCUGUCGACGGUGUCGACGGUGACCCUGGAGAGGAGGAUGUUGAGCUGGGCGAGGGUCUGGGCUACUCGAACGAUGAUGGUCAUGAAGAGGGUAUCACGGAUGCUACCGUCUAUGCGGAACCAAGCGGACCCGUUGGCGACAGGGGUUUGACUUUGGAUGAAGAGGUUGACAACUGGGACGAGAAUGGUGAGGACGCAUGGGAUGAGGCGGACGCAGGCGACAUUGGCGAUGUGGCUCUGGCUACCAAGAGUCAGGGAGUCGAUGCGGAAAAUGGUGAUGGAAAGCCCCCAAAAAGAGCCGACUGAGAGCGGACUUGUAGGAUCAAGAUUGUUUUGUUUUACGAUAAUCAUGAGCAGAAUUUGACGCA